GCCACCCCCGGCCGAGUUGUCCCAGCGAGGAGCGCCUGGUCCGUCGGGCGUCGCGAUGCAGGGCCAGGCAGCGGGCAGCCGGGCGCUGUGCUGCGCGCUGGCUGCCGUCGGGUUGCUGUCGGCGCUGAGCGCCGCGGGCACCGUCUUCUUGCUGGGACAGUGGCGGGAGCUGAGCGCCGCGCUGCAGGCGACCCAGGAGGAGGUGGCGCAGCUGCGACAGCCCCAGGUUCCGCCGAGCGCGCUGCGGCACCUCCGCGACAGCGGCAACCCGUCGGACGGCGGCCUCGCCCAAGCGCCGGGCGGCCGCGACAAGAGGAGCCAACGGAGGCGCGCCCUCGCCAAGAGCCACAUCCGCGCCGAGGACGAGGACAUGCUCAUGAUGAUGACCUACUCCAUGGUGCCGGUAGGGGGCGCUCUGGCCUGUCGAGGGGGAGGAGGGGUCGGGGUCGAGACUGGGUUUCUCCCUAGAGAUCCAGAGAGAAAUCUGCGCUUGGAAAGCUCCAGUUAUCUUGCCCCCAAGGUCAGGCUUGCUACCCACAACUCCGCACUGGCAGAGCUCCUGUGCGGCAGCCAGCGGAAAUCCAACAGGUGCAGCUUGCGCUAUGGAGAGGGGCAGAAAAUCAGUCCCCCCGGUUGGACCCUUUUAGGGUAAAGGAGUAUUGGGAAAUGAUCCACAAUGAACUGGAAAAAACCAGAGUCCUUUCUGUUGGGGAUAAUUCAGACUGAAAUUCCCAGGUGUCAAAAAAGCUAAUUUAUGUAUGCUGCUGCUGCGGCCUCUGUUUUGUUAGCCCAAAAAUGGAAAACGAGCAAGGUCCCAACUAAAGAAGAAUGGAAUAUGCACAACUCGCAGACUUAACGUAUAGAAUAAGAGAAAAUAACUGUGCACAACUGAAAACGCUGGCAGCAUUAAGAUAAAUUCAACAGUGUAAACCAAGUUUUGAUGGGUGCAAUAAUGGAAUACUGAAUGGCAUAGUUUUUGUAAAAUAUGCAGGGAUUUAUGAUAUGUAAAAUGAACCAUGGAAAGAGAAGAAGGGAAGUCACUGAUAUCUGAAGGAUGUAAAAUGAGUAUUUUAAAUUGUAAAACAGAAAACGCAUUAAAGAAGAAGAAGAAAGAAAGUUCCCCCUGUUGGAUUUCGGCCACUCUUCGUGGCACCGGAGCGAGGCCAGCAGAUAAAGAUGGCAAGGGGGAAUGAAGGCCCCGAUAUUUGGUGAAGGUGGGGGGCCUGAAAUAUCCAGGGUUAGCAUCACCCCCUGUGUCAAAGGCUCCUGUUGCUUGACAGCUACAGCUUUCCCUGUCUCUGCAUGCCACGCUUCAGAAAGGCACCACCUGUUGAAUUUUGCGAUCUGAAGCCUGUUAGAGGAUUUCUUCCAUUCACAUGCCUGUGCUCAGGUUGGAUCUAAGCAACCUGGGUAUGUGCAGGAUACCAGCCAAAGAGUGUAUAUUUAAGUGCCUUAAUAAUAACUGUUGAAUUGUGUGCAGCCAUAAGCAGGGUAUCAUUUUUUCAAAAAACAAAAACCCUAUUGAUUUAAUUAGCCAGAAACAGUGGCGUAGCGUGGGUUGUCAGCAUCCGGGGCAAGGCAAGUAAUUUGCGCCCCCUAACCCGUGGAUUUGCGCCCCCUAACCCUAACCCCCAGAUGUUGCGCCCGGUGCGGCUGGCCCCCCCUGCACCCCCCACGCUACGCCACUGGCCAGAAAUUCCCAGGUUCAGUCCCUGGCAUCUCCAGGUAAGAUAAUGUACUCAUGUUGAGUUGGAAGGGACCCAAAGGUCAUCUAGCCCAACCCCUGGAAUGCAGGACGGAGAAAGACUUCUAUUCUGAAACCGCAAAGAGUCACUGCCAGUCAGUGUAGACACAAGCUAAAUGGUCCGAUUCAGUACAAUGCAACUUCCCAUGUUCCUCUUUUUGUUGUGUUGUGCAAGACCUCCAAGUGUGCUACACAGCAGGGGCUGGAGGAGAGGGCUAGGGAAGGGGGCAGGUUGCAGAUGCUGCAACUCCCUCUCCCUAGGUUUAAAUGGGUAGAGUCAAUCUCCAGGUUGUGAUUUUGGUGGCACUUUGGUAUUUUGGACAGCUUGUUCUGCACUGCCAAGGUGAGCCAAAACAUCAGCUGAACAGCAGUACUUAAAACAGCAACACCUCUUAAAUUCUCUGUAAGGGACACGGGUGGCGCUGUGGUCUGAACCACUGAGCCUCUUGUGCUUGCCAGUCAGAAGGUUGGCGGUUUGAAUCCCUGUGAUGGAGUGAGCUCCCAUUGCUCUGUCCCAGCUCCUGCCAACUUAGCAGUUCAAAGCACACCAGUGCAAGUAGAUAAAUAGGUACCACUGUGACGGGAAGGUAAAUGACUUUUCCAUGCACUCUGGCUUCCAUCAUGGUGUUCCGUUGCUCCAGAAGUGGUAUAGUCAUGCUGGCCACAUGACCUGGGAAGCUGUCUGUGAACAAACACCGGCUCCCUUGGCCUGAAAGCGAGAUAAGUGCCACAACCCUAUAGUCGUCUUUGACUGGACUUAACCGUCCAGGGGUCCUUUGUUGUCGUUUAGUUGUUUAGUCGUGUCCGACUAAACACUCCUGUCUUCCACUGCCUCCCGCAGUUUGGUCAAACUCAUGCUGGUAGCUUCGAGAACACUGUCCAACCAUCUUGUCCUCUGUCGUCCCCUUCUCCUAGUGCCCUCAAUCUUUCCCAACAUCAGGGUCUUUUCCAGGAGUCCUUUACCUUUACGUUUUUACUUAAAACAGCAUCACCUCUUAAUGUUUCUUUACAGCCCUGUAGCUUUAAGCACCUCCAAACCCUCUGAUUUGUUGGAGGAAUCAACAGCCUUAGCAAACUAUCCGAAAACCCACACUCUGCCUUUAUACCACUCUCAUCCAUACUUCUGCUUGACUUGUAUUUUGAUUAUAUUGUGUACCGAUUGAUUCCUCUGGGUCCAAGAACUUUUCUGGUUGUUCUGCAGCUGUGUCUUGCAAAGCUCCAACCUUAUCUGCUGAAUUUGAUCUUAUCAGUUGCGCAGAAAUUCCAAAGAGAGAUUUUGCUUUACGAAGCUUUGAUUCGGUGGGUUAGAUCAGUUUUUCAUGAGGCACAGCUGCUUAACCCUGUAUUGCAGGGGGUUGGAAAAGUGUUGUGAUUCUAUGAUAACUUAUAUGCACACUCAGGGAGAUGGUUUGACAGUGAUAGAAUUUAUGAUCUGUUCAAUGUUUCCCCCAUAAAAUACUUUAUCUGUAGCAUUAUCAGUUGCUGUGUGAUAUUUUGUAUCCUAAGACAGAACCACAAGGUGUGCAAACGCCAUCUAAUCCUAAACUGCAUUGCAGUAAAAACAAAACCAGAACUUUCUUCCAAGAUAUACAACAGUUGUCUGAGCGAUUAUAUAGUCAUAAUGUGUCUACAGCUGACACUCAGUUUAGAAAGUUGUCAACUGGCCCAGGCUUCUGUGCCUUUAAUGAUCUGCAACACUUGGAAGCUUGCCGUAAGAACAUAGGAAGACAGUCUGGAAACUUCAGCUGGUGCAGAAUUCAGCGGCCAGGCUGCUCCCCGGAGCAAGAUGGUUUGAGCAUAUUACACUGAUCCUGGUCCGACUGCACUGGCUACCAAUUAGUUUCCAGGGCCAAUUCAAAGUGCUGGUUUUGACCUAUAAAGCCUUAAAUGGCUCAGGACUGCAAUACCUCAAGGACUGCCUCUUUCCAUAUGAACCUACACAGACCCUGAGAUCACCUUCUGAGGCCCUCCUUCAUGUGUCUCCUCCUCGAGAGGUCUGGAGGGUGGCAACACAAGAACGGGGCCUUCUCUGCAGUGGCUCCCCAUCUGUGAAAUGCUCUCCCCAGGGAAGUUCACCUGGUGCCUUCAUUUUACACCUUUUUAACCAGGCCUUUGGUUGACCUGACUGACAUCCUAUGCCCUUUUAAAAUGUGGCACUUUGGGUGGUGGGGGGCUGUUAUUGGGUUAUUGUGUUUAUUUUGAUUUUAUAUAUUGUGAUCUUUUCUGUGAACCGCCCUGAGACCUCCGGGUAUAGGGCAGUACAUAAAUUCAAUCAAAAUAAUAAUAAUAAUAAUAAUAAUAAUAAUAAUAAUAAUAAGAGGAGGAGCUUGACUGCUGAAUCAGGCAAAGCCCCAUCUAGUCCUGCAUUCUGCUUUCACAGUGGCCAACCAGAUGACUAUGGGAAGCUUGCAAGCGAGACCCAAGCAGAACAGCACUCUAAUAAUAAUAAUAAUAAUAAUAAUAAUAAUAAUAAUAUAUUUAUAUCCUGCCCUCCCCAGCCAAAGCCGGGCUCAGAGCCGGGCUCAGAGCAGCUAACAACAGUAAAAAUAGCACAAUUUACAUAAAAUCACAGUCAAUUAAUUGAAAUACAUUCUAAAAUCAGUUCAGAAUCAAAUUAAUGGCAACCACCGGGCUAGAGUUCUAUGAGGAUGACAGAAGGAGAGAGGAGGUCAGGCUGUGCCCUGGCCAAAGGCCUGGUGGAACAGCUCUGCCUUGCAGGCCCUGUGGAAAGAUGUCAAGUCCCGCAGGGCCCUAGUCUCUUGUGACAGAGCGUUCCACCAGAUCAGGGCCAUGGCCGAAAAAGCCCUGGCUCUGGUUGAGGCCAGCCUAACCUUGCUGUGGCCCGGGAUCUCCAAGAUGUUUUUGUUUGAAGACUGUAAGGUCCUCUGUGGGACACACCAGGAGAGGCGGUCCCGUAGGUACGAGGGUCCUAGGCCGUAUAGGGCGUUAAGGGUCAAAACCAGCACCUUAAACCUGAUCCUGUACUCCACCGGGAGCCAGUGCAGCUGGCAUAGCAGUGGCGGAAUGUGAUCCUGCAGCGAGGACCCCGUAAGGAGUCUCACCACGGCAUUCUGCACCCGCUGGAGUUUCUGGGUCAGUCUCAAGGGCAGCCCCACGUAGAGUGAGGCUGGUAUUCAGAGGCAUAAUGUCUCUAUGGAGGUAGAAAACAGCCAUCAGGGCUAGUGGCCAUUGAUAGUCUUGCUACUGUCCAAGGAGCAUCAUCACAUUCCAAUUGCUGCAGACUAAAUGAUGGUUAAAGGUGCAGGUGCCAGAUCUGGGUGUAAACUGGCGACUCUUUCUGUAUUUUAUUCUGGGUUCAGAUUUCAUUUUGCAUUUCACUUUAAAUCACCCUGAAAACUUUUUCCGUCGAAUAUUGGCAAUUAAACUGGCAGCGAAGAAUGACAUCUGUACCAGCAGAUCUUUAAAAAUGCAAGAAAGGAAAGGGGGGGAGGAAUACAAUUGAGUGGCAAUUUUAUCCAUUCAUUAAUUUUAAAGGUGGGUAUAAAUAGGAUGGAAGAACUUCUAUUGCACAUGUCUUGCUUGGUGGAGCUUCUGUCCAGACUCAGGUAUCAAGUACCAUGGAGCCAGGUGCUUGCAUUAGGUGUUCUGAAAUCUAAGUCUUCGCACAAUAUGUAUUUUGAAUUUUUUUUGUUCCUCCAUCACGCCAACCACUACAAGGCAUGCUUGCUUUCCAUGCUUGCUGCUUCCUCUUGUCUCCUUACCCUGUGAGUGCCAGAGAAGCCUGGCAUAAAUUACCCACGGCUGUGUGCCUCCAUAAGAUCUCACCUGUUCAGACCCUUUCAUUAGAUCAUUCCUAUUACAUAGCCAGAAAGCUAGGGACCAUCAUUUGCAUUUUAAAGGACUGCUAAUGGGCUGCAGCUCAGUGGUUAGAGCAUCUCCUUUGCAUGCAGAAAGUCCUAGAUUCUAUUGCUGGCAGGUCCAGGGAGUCUGGAAGACAGCCUGGAGAGCCACUGUCAGUCAGUGCAGACAACAAUGAGCUGGUCUGGUUCCAUGUAAGGCAGUUUCCUCAUGCACAUUUCUUGGGACACUUGUGAAGGCUGUCAGAUGAGCCAGUGUUUCACUGCUUUUGCUUCAUCUUCCUCCCCCGAGAGAGAGAACAGAUCAAGCUCUCAAAAUUGCAAAGCUAACGUCAUCUGUUCUGCAGAUGUUCUUGCAAAAGGUAAGAAAUGGAAAAGAUGGGGGGAAACCCAAACAGAAGACGAUUUGGUUUUUGUUAUGUACUGAGUUGAAUAGGAUCCAAAAGGCAGCAGUCUGAUUGGCCCCAGAACAAUAGGAUCCGGAAUGCAGCAGUCUGAUUGGUCCACAGGAGCCACCCAAUCCAGCUCCAGGUGGAAGUGAACCCGCAACCUGAUUGGCCUACAGGUGAAUCCUGGAAUUAGCCAAUCAUGUGGGGCCCAUUGUGUAAAUAAUGUAUAUAAAGCAGACAUUCUGGGGGAACUUCCAUUCCUCCUCACCACUAUUAGCUGAAUAAAGAGCAUGAAAUCCACUCUCGACUCCAAGUAUAUUUCAGUUUUAGUUGCUCUCUAGCUAGCCGUCAGUGUUCCCCUGAAGCUGUUUCCCAGUGUUGUUCUACUUUGUGUAGAUCCUGGGAGUGGGUGGGAAAUCUCAGUUAGUUUGUGUCUACACAUAUUAAGUUGCUGGAGUGGCUUCGCAAUCAAACCAUCUUCCCAGGGAACUCUGGGAAUUGUAGGAGUGUGUGUGUGUCCUGACAACCCUUGGCCUCCUGAACAAACUACAGCUCCCAUAAUUCUUUGUGGGAAGCCAUGGCUGUUUAAAAGUGUCGUUAUAGUGUUUUACAUGUAUGCUGUAGGUGUGGGCUGAGUGUAGGGGGUCCAUUGCAGGCCCUGUCCUAUACUCCCCUCCCGUCUCAUACUCUGGUUUUUCUUCAGAUCAUAUAAAUCUUCUGCUUUUUUGCUAUAUCCCACUGUCUUUUGCUUGGCAACAGUGGUGUGGAAAUUCUAUGAGUAAAAGAAAGAGGCUUUCAUCCUUUUUGCUGGGUGCAUUCCUAUGUCUUCAGUAGCUCCCGAUCUAGAGACAAGUAUUGCAACAACGAAAAAUCAGUGGCCAUUUUUCCAUCCCUCGAUUCAUUCUUUUGUGUCAAAACAAAUUGCAGGACAAAUUCCACCUCCUCCACCCCCACUCCCCGCUCUCCCGCUCUCUCUUAAUAGACUCUCGCUAUGAUUAUGCCAGUUGACAAAGUGUUUUCGUUGAAGAAGCUCUGCAAAGAGUGAGCAAUCAGUCGCCCGACUUUGUGAACAAAAGCAUGGAAAUGAAAGCAAAAUAAGCAAAAAGGAGAGGGCAAGGAAUCUGGAACGCAGUCGUGAUAUUCUGGCAUGGCUAUAGAUUGGACGACGGUGCAAAACAAAGAAGCCCAAAUCUGUAGUAAAUGACUCAUUCUCAGUUCGGUGAAAAGCGCCGCGUGGAAUGUGAGAGGAGCACUUUGAUGCGCGUCCAAAAUUCCUUGCUCAUCAACCCUAUUUGUGUUAUGUCGCUGAGCAGAGUUUGCUCGUGUUCCAGAUAGGGCUUGCUAAUAAUCUCACAUUCUUUUCUCAAGCCCACCCAAAGGCAGAGGCUCAAAAUGUUUCCCAAAGGCAAACAUGGGUCGUGUGUCUAGAUGCAGAAGAGAACCGGAUCCUUCAGUACCUUUUAAAUUGGGGUGGGGUAAGCCUGUGGCUCCCGAGAUGUUGCCGGACUACACUUCCCAUCAUCGUCAGCCAUUGGGCAUGCUGGCUGGGGCUGAUGGGAGUUGGAGUCCAACAUCAUCCUGGAUAGCUCCGUUGGUUAGAGCAUGGUGCUGAUAAUGCCAAGGUUGCAGGUUUGAUCCCCAUAUGGGAUAGCUGCCUGUUCCUGCAUUGCUGGGGGUUGGGCAGGAUGAUCCUCAGGGUCUCUCUGCAAUUCUAUGAAUCAUCUGGAAGGCCACAGGUGCCCCAUCCUUUUUUUCAGUGGUUGUACAGAAUAUAGGGUUAUGUUAUUGUUAUGCAGGAUAAACUCCUGGGUGAUAUGAACUGUUUGGAAAUGCCUGCCUAUUGAUCUUAGGCAAACUCCUUUUCUGGGCUGUUUUAGGCACCUGCUAAAACCUUUCUUGUUUAUACAAGCCUACAUGGACAUGUAUGGGACUGAGCUUAGGACUUGCCAAUCAGAAAGUCGGGGGCUCGAAUCCCCGCGAUGGGAUGAGCUCCCAUUGCUCUGUCCCAGCUCCAGUCAAUUUAGCAGUUCGAAAGCACCCCAGUGCAAGUGGAUAAAUUUCCAUGCACUCUGGCACUCAUCAUGGUCUACCAGUAGCGAUUUAGUCCUGCUGGCCACAUGACCCAGAGAGCUGUCUGUGGACAAAUGCCAGCUCCCUUGGCCUGAAAGCGAGAUGAGCGCCACAACCCCAUAGUCGCCUUUGACUGGACUUAACUGUCCAGGGGUCCUUUAUGUUUUACCUUUUACAGACAUGUAUAUUUGCCAUAUAUUUUAAUUUGUAAGUUGUUUAUUAACAAUAAUAGCAAUAAUAGCAAUAAUAACAAUAAUAAUAACAAUAGUAACAAUAAUAACAAUGAUGAUGAUGUAUGACAUGUACCCAGCUAAAGCUUUCUCAGAAUAAACCUGUUAUUUCAUUUUAAUGGAUGUACUUAGGGCAGGAGAACAAUCACAAAACUGGGAUGGCAUCAAUGGUAGCAGGGGGAGAAAAGAGGGAUGUGAAAAUGAUAGUGUUAUAAAUCCUGCUUCUAUGCACAUAGCUCAGUGGGAGAGCAUCUGCUUUGCAUGCAGAAAGUCCCAAUUUCAAUUCCUGGCAUCUCCAGGUAAGGCUGGGAAUGCUGCCCCCUGUCUGAAAUCCUGGAGAGACACUUCCCACCAGUGUGGACAAUACUGAACCUGAUGGACUCGUGGUCUGGUUUGGUAGAAGGCAGCUUUCCAGGGAUCCCUACUUCAAACUCCCAGGUACCCAACAUUGGCCAUGCUGGCUUGGAUUCAUGGGAGUUGGAGUCCAACAGCACUCACAGGAUAUUGUGUUGGCUUCCCCAGUUGAAGAUUUCAUACCCUCCAACAUUUCUCUGAUGAGAAUAGGGAUGUCCUAUUCCACCACCACCACCACCACCAUCAUCAAUAUUAUUAUUAUUUUAUUUAUACCCCACUCAUCUGACUAGGUUACCCCAGCCACUCUAACGUAUAUAAAAAUAUUAUAAAAUGUUUAUAAACUUCCCUAUCCAGGGCUGCCUUCAGAUGUCUUCUAAAGGUUGUAUCUCCUUGGCUCAGGGGUUGCAUAACUCCAUACCCUCCAACAUUUCUCCAAAGAAAAUAGGGAUGUCCUAAGGAGAAGCGGAGGGACGCUCGUGGCGCUGUGGGUUAAACCACACAGCCUAGGACUUGCCGAUCAGAAGGUCGGCAGUUUGAAUCCCCGUGACGGGGUGAGCUCCCGUUGCUCGGUCCCUGCUCCUGCCAACCUAGCAGUUCGAAAGCACGUCAAAGUGCAAGUAGAUAAAUAGGUACCGCUCUGGUGGGAAGGUAAACGAUGUUUCCGUGCACUGCUCUGGUUCGCCAGAAGCGGCUUAGUCAUGCUGGCCACAUGACCUGGAAGCUGUACGCCGGCUUCCUUGGUCAAUAAAGCGAGAUGAGCGCCGCAACCCCAGAGUCAGCCACGACUGGACCUAAUGGUCAGAGGUCCCUUUACCUUUAAGGAGAAGCGGGAAAUUCCGGGGUCAAAUAAGAAACAGGGACAGCUUCUGUAAAUCCGGGACUGUCCCUGGAAAACAGGGGCACUUGGAGGGUCUGAGAUUUGCAGCAGCAAAGGAGUGGGGUUAGGAUGGAGGGCACAGAUGGAGGGCACACUCUCCUCCCAGCCACAAUAUCACAAGUCAUAACAUUGGAGAGUUGCUGGGAGUUCACUCUGGUGCUUAUGCUUUGAAUGAGUAGGAGCAUGGUACCCAGUUCUUCUGAUGCCUGAUUAAAAAACAUAACCCCCCCCCAUGGCCUUAGCAGUUAAGGCCAAUGUGUUCUUUCAAAAAUGAGCUUAGGUUGCAUUUUGACACUUGUCCUAACAUUACCCUCCUUUGGAACACUACAUUCCCUGGUUUGUCAGCAAUGAUGUCUGUACAAAAAGUAACCAGCAUUCAUCCCUUUAAAUUAUUUCCUUGGUGCAGUGGGCCACUACAUGCCCCCCCCCAGCUCUCUUCUGUCCUCCAUCCAGCUUAUCAGUUCAAAUACAUUGGGAGUACAGCCUGGGAGGGGGUUCCAAGGGCCACAUAGAAAGGAUUGGAGGGCCACGAUUUGCCUGCAGUACUGAGGUUUAUCACCACCGCUGUAGAAAAGAAGUCAUGAAUUAAUAGUUAAUAAAAGAUCACAGAUCCACUUCAAAUUGGAAACUGGAUUUUUGUUCCUGUUAGGUUUUCAAGCAGAGACUGGUUUGCCACCCAAGAGGGAUGCUGUAUCAGUAGAUCACGGGCAGGGGUUGGGCUAGAGAGCCUUUGAGAUCCCUUCCAGCUUACUAUAUAAUUGCAAGCAGAGGGGCAGCUCGACUGGGUACUCGUACACUCAAAAAUGUUUGGUCUGGCACACUUGGAAAGCAAAUCUUUAAUACUGUAUUUGGGCCUCAAGUUAUAAAGGACAACUUGCCUUUAGUGGCCCCCUCAUGCUUGCUGGGCUUCAACAUGAGUUGCAGAUCUAGACUUGUCUCCUGAUUGGCAGGUUUACCUUGAACAGUGACUCGAGCAGAGACACAACAGGGAUCUUCCAGCAAGGAUGUAGAAUUACUCUGUAUCUCUUCAUUAGGUGUGAUUGGAUUAAGGCACAGAGAUGCAGCAGAACCAUCUCCUCCUGCAGCAACAGAGGCUGGUUGGAAGGUGGCAAAGUUGGGCUUUUUGACAUGCAGAGACACAAUGGGCAGCCACCUCUGAAGAUCAUGCUUAGUCUAUGCCUUGGGAGUGGUUGAGUGACCAUUCAUUCCUGAUGCAGAAGGAUACUGAAUUCUCCAACUCCCUGGCCCAAGAAAUAAUGAUCAGAAGAACUCAGAGUAUUUAAGCAUGCAGAGAUGCAGCAGGCAACCUCUUAGGAACAUAAGACGAGUUUUGCUGGAUCACACCAAAGGCCUGUCUAACCUCUGGAUUCCUACGGGAACAAGCUAAGCAUGUAGACAUUCAGAUUGCCUCUCACCCUGGAAAUGUCAUAAAUCCAUUUUGACCAGCAGCAACUGAUAGAGCUGGGCUCCAUGGAUUUGUGCUUUGGAGCUGAGGGCAGCCUUUCUGCAUUAAAUUAUCUCGAGUCGUGGCACACUCUGUUUUAAAGCAUUAUUCUGAUGUGCUAGAAUGGUAGGAAGCUGUCUAAAUCUCACAUUCUGCACCCUGCCAUAAAGAUACCGUGUUUUGUGAUUUCAGGUCCGGGUGAUGAUCGAGAUCUGCAACAGCACAAAGGGAGUGUGCUUGACAGGUAUGCUGGAGAAUUUGUGAUCGGGCAAACUGGGGCCUUUUUUCUGUCUGUGCCUAUUUUAUUGCUGCUACAGCAGUGGGAGAAAUUUGCCACCAGUAUCACUACCCAAAGCUGCUCUAAACCAGGGUCUUCUAGGAGCAUGUCUAAGUGUGGAAAUACAGCUGAUUUUAUCUAUAUCUAUCUAUCUAUCUAUCUAUCUAUCUAUCUAUCUAUCUAUCUGAUGGCUUUUAUAUGGUCAGAGGGAGAGGAACUGUUCCUGCUCCACUUCUGAAUGCCUUGCUGCAGCCUACUUGCAUUGGCAUUCUCUAACCCAGGGGUCAGCAAACUUUUUCAGCAGGGAGCUGGUCCACUGUUCCUCAGACUUUGUGGGGGGCCAGACUAUAUUUUUUGGGGGGAAAUGAAUGAAUUCCUAUGCUCCACAAAUAACCCAGGAAUGCAUUUUAAAUAAAAUGACACAUUCUACUCAUGUAAAAACAAGGCGAUUGGGCCGGAUCCGGCCCCCGGGCCUUAGUUUGCCGACCCAUGCUCUAACCCAGCUUUCUGCAACCUGUUCCUACUGGACUGCAAAACCCAUCAUCCCUGACCAUUGGCUAUGCUGGCUGGGGCUUAUGGGAAUUAGAGUCCGAAACACCUUGAGGCCAGCAAGUUGGGGGAAAGGAGCUGCUAACUUAAGCGAGUUUGCAAUAUUUCAGGUUGGUCCUGAUAAAGAAAUGGCACUACUGGUACUUUUGGAUUGCUUUCCUAAAGGCAACACAGCUAAUGGAAACCACAAGGACCUUUGGUUUCCAUUAGCUUUGGCUUCCAUGUUCUUCAUUUAUCCUUGGUCUCCCACUAGUCAAGGAUAAUGGGAGCCACAGUCCAGUGUAGAUAACCACAGGUUCCCCAUCCCUGGUCUAAAUGGAGCUUGUUGGCUAUAAAGAUCCAGCACAGUCCAUCAAGUGCAUUUUUGGCCUAGGACCUCAGGGAUAAACAAUGACUUGAUGUCCAUUUUUCUAGAUCAGGUGUGGGGAACCGUUGUCCUUCCAGAUGUUGCUGAACCAGCAUGGUGAAUAGCCAGGGAUGAUGGCAGCAUCUGGAAGGUCCAAUUUCUCAUACCUGGACUAGAUACAAUGGGGACGAGUCGCUGCUACGUAAUUCUACACAUCUUGCAUGCAAAGGCUGGCGAAUUUCCACAAGGACUUAAAAAAACAACAACCCACAAACUGAUUUGGAGAUGUGAAGAAUUGAAUUUACGAUUGGACGAAAUGAGAAACGGUUAGAAACAGAAAUUGAUCAGUUUGCCCAUUGCUAGUUUCAGGUUCCCCACAGUCAAGCAGGAAUGAGGAAGCCUUAAAGUAGGAUCUUGGCCAUCAUUUAAUCCAGCUCCGUUGUUUCAUUUUGGCACGGCCUUCAGAUCCCAUGUGCCGUUUUCAUGUGCGCUGCAAACCGAGAUGCUGAGAGCUUCUUGGGAGGCACCAAAAAUACAAAGGUGUAAAGGACUGGAUUAUGUUGGCUGGCAGGAGUGAAAAAGCGAGUGUGCCACUAUCCUCUGCAAUGAGACUACCCUGAGGAAUGCAUGCUUUGUCAAAAGAGCAACUGGCUGAAAUUUAAGCGGGUGCUGGGCUUGGAACAGAGAAGUUUGUUUGUUUGUUUUGAAAGAUUAGCCACCAGUGAACUGAAUUGGGUGGUGGUAGAGGGAAGGAUUACGUUUCUGUAUUUUUCAAAGUAUUAUGUUGUGCGUAUUGUGAGCAGUUUCCCACAUAAAUACAGCAGCAACCAAUGCUCCCUUCUUGAGUAGGUGAGGCAAACAUUUUUCGCAAAGUUAAUCCGCCAUUUUCAUUUCACUUUUGAGCACAUUUAUUUAUUUAGAGCAUUUGCACCCUGUUCUUCAGGCUGCCAACCUCCCAUCUUCGUAGCUGUCAACUUUUCCCUUUUCUUGUGAGGAAUCCUAUUCGGAAUAAGGGAAUUUCCCUUAAAAAAAGGGAAAUGUUUACAGCUAUGUUCAGCCGAUGUACAUGUGUAAACUCAGAGACUGGUAGCCGAAUUGUGGAGGAGGGUGUGGACUGCUGGCUGCCUAAAACCUGUAGAGAUGGGAAACAUGUGACUCUCCACAAGCUGGACUCCAAGAACCAUCAGCCCCUGUCAGCAUGGCCAAUGGUCAGGGCUGAUGGGUGUUGUAGUCAAACUGGCUUAGUUUACCCAUCUUUAUUUCAAAGCAGGAAUGGGGAACAUCAGGCUUGAGCUCUCUGUCUCUCCUCUGGGACUCUCACAAGGCACAUCCACUCUCCCCAAGCCAUAUCCCACUUAGGUUUCAUUUCACACCUUCCUUGAGUGUUCUCACCUGGCUGCAAGGUGUCCUUGAGAAGGAUAGAGGAUAUAGAGGGGGGUUGUGACAGUGUCAGUGUGUACAGCAACUAGCCUGCUGUACAGAGGUAAAUUUACAUUCAUUUAUCCUCUUUUAAAAAUUAUUUUCAUUAAUUUCCAAAUUAUUACAAAUCAAAGCAAAUUACUUUAAUUUAAUACAAUUUCUUAAAAUCAGGUUUCCCGCUCCUGUGGCAAACAUAUGUCAGUCAUUUCCUCCCAUAGCUGCAUCUUCCCUUAUUUAAUGUCCAGUUGAUCCUUCACUUGUCGCUAGUCCAUUCCUGCAGCUGACCACAUUAUUAUGAUUACAGUGGAACCUUGGAAGCCGAAUGCCUUUAAACUCAAACGUUUUGGCUUCCAAACGAUCAAAAACCGAAAAUGUUUUUCGGAAGCUGAACAUCUGACAUGACUUCCGCCUCUUCUGCUUCCGAUUGGAAGCUCCUGCAGCCAAUCGGAAGCCACGCCUUGGUUCUCGAACCAUUUCAAGAGUUGAACAGACUCCUGGAAUGUAUUAAAUUUGAGAACCAAGCUAUGACUGUAUUAUUAUUAUUAUUAAUAUUAUUAUUAUUACUUCCUACUUACAAACAGCACCUCUGUUACAUCUUAUAAAUAUGAAAUCCAUUUCACGUGUGUAGUCCUUUAUGUACAUUGUUGUUUCAGACCUAGUGUGCUGGGAUAAUUAAUUAAUAUCUUCCCAUUCUACAUUCAUUUAGCCAUAAACUUUUGAUUCACAUGUGACACUGCCCCCUCCAAAAAAAGCUGCCCAGAAGGGGACCUGUCUCUUAGGCUGAAAUAUUUUCUCCACCCCUACCUAAAUGGUUACACAUAUCCUUUGUUUGUUUCAAUGUAAUUUUCAGUGUGAUACAGUGGUACCUCAGUUUAAGAACAGCCCUGUUUAAGAACAAUUUGGUUUACAAACUCCGCCAAACCGGAAGUAGUGUUCCAGUUUGCGAACUUUACCUCGGUCUAAGAACGGAAACUUAAUGGUGGAAGGGCACCGGCGGUGGGAGGCCUCAUUAGGGAAAGUGUGCCUCUGUUUAAGAAUGGUUUCAGUUUAAGAACGGACUUCCGGGACAGAUUAAGUUCUUAAACCAAGGUACCACUGUACUGGGAUAUUCAUUGGAGUGUUAUUUCCAGUUUUGGAAAUGAGUUUGGAAUGCACUGACUAUUCUCCCUGUCUCUCUCUGUAUGUGUCUAGGACCACCAGGAAUACCAGGUAAUAUCUUUUCUGCUGUAUGUUCCCAUAGCACAAUGCAACGGAUCCUGUCUCUAAGCUUAAGCACUAGCUGAAAUAGCUGCUUUCACUGUCCUUCCCUGUUUAUCUCCUGCCUCCCCUUCCCCCUGUUUGUAUACUACUGUAGACUGAAAAUUGUAUACUAUGAUAACAUGGUAGAUAGAUAAUGUAAGGAUAUGUAUAAUUUUAUAACAUGCAGAGAAUAAUAUGUGCUGAGAAAUCAGAGAGAGGAGCUGAGAGAAGUCUCUGGGAGGGAGGAGGGAGGGUUUGAAGGGGGAAAGGGUAAAAAAUAAUGAAUAUGAUAUGUUUUGAUAAUUUGUUAUGUUGAAAUUGUUAAUAAAAACUUUUUUGAAGAAAGAAAGAGAAACAAAAUAGAUCCUGCCAACACAAUCAAUCAAUCAAUCAAUCAAUCAAUCAAUCAAUUGUAUACUAGCACGAUGGGGUGAGCUCCCGUUGCUCGGUCCCUGCUCCUGCCAACCUAGCAGUUUGAAAGCACGUCAAAGUGCAAGUAGAUAAAUAGGUACCGCUCCGGCGGGAAGGUAAACGGCGUUUCCGUGUGCUGCUCUGGUUCACCAGAAGCGGCUUAGUCAUGCUGACGACAUGACCCAGAAGCUGUACGCCAGCUCCCUCAGCCAGUAAAGCAAGCGCCACAACCCCAGAGUCAGUCACGACUGGACCUAAUGGUCAGGGGUCCCUUUACCUUUACCUUUUACAUGAUUCUUAAACAUAGCCCUGUAGGAGAACGUCAGUCAGUGCAGCGCUUUCAUCCAUGUUGUAACAUGCUUUUGGGAGGCAGUCUGGUUGCCACAUUUUGCUGUAGCUGCAGAUUCUGGAUCAACCUUAAUGAUAGCGGUGGCAGCUGUAUCUUCUCCUUCUCUAGCAGGUCCCAGGGCUGGCUAAAGCAACAUAAAAUCCCUCAUUAAAAACAGUUGAAACAAAUGGCCAUCACGGAAAUGGGCUGGGUUGUAAAAAAAUGUAAAGGUAAAGAACCACUGGACAGUUAAGUCCAGUCAAAGGCAACUAUGGGGUUGUGGCGCUAAUCUCGCUUUCAGGCCGAGGGAACCGGCAUUUGUCCACAGACAGCUUUCCGGGUCAUGUGGCCAGCAGGACUAAACCGCUUCUGAUGCAACAGAACACCAUGAUGGAAACCAGAGCGCACGGAAACACCGUUUACCUUCCCGCCGCAGCAGUACCUAUUUAUCUACUCGCACUGGUGUGCUUUUGAACUGCUAGGUUGGCAGUAGCUGGGACAGAGCUAUGGGAGCUCACCUUGUUGUGCAGAUUUAAACUGCUGACAUUCCAAUUGGCAAGCCCAAGAGGCUCAGUGGUUAGACCACAGCGCCACCCACUGGGUUGUAAAAGCACACAUCUCAAGGGUCAAAGGCCACUUCUGUGGGGUGGGAGUUCCACAAUGAGGAAUAAGUCUCAGCAGGCUUCUGAGGUCUCCUCCAGGAGUUAAUGCACUGAAGCAGGUGCUGACAACCUCCAGAAAACCCGGACGGACGACUAUGUGAGAGUGCGGCAGAGGCAGCAAUGGAACUGUGUUUCCUCCAGUCUUGUGCAAUGAGAGUGAACAGGCUCCAAUUUCCAUUUAAAUCAGUGGGGGCUUCUUCCAAAUAAACAGGCGUUGGGCUGAUCUGCGCAACUUUUUGUCUCAGUUGCAGUUGAGAGGUUCGGCCUUCCCUCUUGCUAAAGCACCACGGCUGUCUUUGUGAACAAAUAGUACAAGUCUAUGUAGGUUUGCUCAGCGCUGAAGCCCCACUGUGUUCCGUGGGUCUUACUCCCUUGUGGAGUAUAGAAACCUUUAAGUUUUCCAUAGGAACCCCCCAAAGUUGGUAUCGAUGCAGCAUAUUUCUGGAAUGUUGUUGUCAGCAUCUCAAUAUUCUCUUCCGCCAGCUGCAUUAUUGCACCAUCAAAAACUGCUAACUUUCCUCGUUCCAAGCCAUUGGAAGGCAAACGCAAUGGCUUAGGCCUGCUUUUAAUUUCUAGUCCAUAGUGUCUUUCCCCCCUUCCAUAUGUUCCACAUGUUAUCAGUUAAAUUUCUGGAUAUUAUGAAACUGAUGACACACUUGGCAUUAUGCUGUAGAAGAAAGCAGCAUUUUCUUCUGUGUUUCUUACGAGACUGUUGUUUUAACUUCAAAAUAAAGCUUUGCAAAUUAAAAAGGGGGAGGAAAGAAUGAGGGGGCACAUAUGAUGCUAAUUUAGAUGUACUUCUGAUGUUCAUUUGGCAUGAGAUGUCCUUUGUUUAUUUACCACUGAGGAACCUUUCUUUGAAUGGUAUUAAUAAAAAUGAGGGGGAUGCAAUUAAUUCCCUUUAUAAAUCUAUAAAUCCAUAAAUUCUGCAGCUCAGCAGGUCUGGGAAGAAGGGUGAGAGGUAAAUGCAAUUUGAAAAGUAAUGGAAUAAAUACUUUUUGAUGAUAUGUGAUAUCCUGUGCAGGGGGUGGGACUCCCUGAAAUGUAUUUCUUUGACUUUGUCAGGUCCUCCCGGGCUUGAUGGACUGCCUGGUCUUAACGGAUCCGAUGGCGAUCCUGGCAUCCCUGGUCAGAAGGGAGAAAUUGGAAAAAGAGGGAAACCAGGUAUAUUUUUGGACUUGAGAAUGACAUAUGCAGCCGACCUUUCCCCCUUUAUUGGAUCUUCUCUUCCCACCUCAAUCCUUGGAGGCAGUUCUGAAGAAGUUCAGACAAAUCAUGUGGUGCUGUUCUCUUGCGGUGACUGUACCACUUCAGACUGGAGGUGGGAAACUGCAUGUCUGAACACUGUCUCUGAAAUAUUCUUGGAGUCAAGAGUGGAUUUCAUGCUCUUUAUUCAGCUCAUAGUGGUGAGGAGGAAUGGGAGUUCCCCCAGAACGUCUGCUUUAUAUACAUUAUUUACACAAUGGGCCCCACGCAAUUGGCUAAUUCCAGGAUUCUCUUGUAGGCCAAUCAGGUUGCAGAUUCACUUCCACCUGGAGCUGGAUUGGGUGGCUCCUGUGGACCAAUCAGACUGCUGCAUUCUGGAUCCUAUUGUUCUAGGACCAAUCAGACCGCUGCAUUCUGAAUCUUAUUGUUCUAGGACCAAUCAGACUGCUGCAUUUUGGAUCCUAUUCAACUCAGUUCAUAACAGUCUCAUUUCAAAAUCCCUCUCCAUGUGGGAGACAGCUAGGUCUGUAGCACAAGGGCUGCAAGAAUGGCAAAGUUUUGCUGUUGGUGUUGUUAAAAAGGGAAACAAACAACUUCCCCUUGUCUUUAAAAGUAAGCCCAUCCCACCUGAUAGCUCUUUGAUUGGGCCUGGCCCUCCCCAAAGAUUUGCCAACAUCCCUCCCACUUUAUUAUUAUUAUUUAUUUAUUUACUUUUGAAAGGGAUGAAAGGGUCUCCAAAAAUGAGGUGUGUGCGCAUGUAUGUGGUCCAGCCUGAAGUGAGAUUAGGGAUUUGUUGCCCCUGUCAGGAAUCAGAUCUAGAACGUCUGAGGUAAACUGUGGUUACCUCAUGCUUUCUGAACAUGCCCAUCGUGUAUUUCCUUCUUCACUGGAUGUAAAGCUCAAGGCAGAGUUGAGCCCCACGCUAUUUCUUUUGAGAAAAUUACUUCAAAUAAGCUCAAACCCACUGGGAAAACAUGAUGGAUUGAACUUGAAAAACAAAGCAUUGUUCUGGAAUGUCCACAGAGGGCACUCAAUUCUACGAUAUUCCCUUCUGGGUGUAGUUAAUCACGUCUCAAGAAUGGUAUUGAAUGUUCCCUCUUUUCUACCAGGAUUGAAAGGAGAACCUGGAGAGAAAGGCGAAAAAGGGGAUCCUGGAGAAAUUGGCUUGCCUGGGAAAGAGGGAGAGCGAGGAGAAAAGGGAUCGAGGGGUCCCAAGGGGGACAAAGGUGAUGCGAACAAUGAACUCAUGGCAGAAGGUGAGGUAACAGGCACUCUAAGAAUGUAUAACUCAUAGAAAAACAUCAUAUCAACGAACUCUUUGUGUUACUUGAAGCAAUGGCCACAACCACCCCAUAUACAUUUAAAGCACACUGAAAUUGUACGGUUUUUCACAAAAAGAAUCUUGGGAACUCUAGUUUUUUAAGGGUCUUGGGAAUUGUUGCUCUGUGAGGAGUUCCAAGGAUUCCUGAAGGGAAACCAUAUGUUUUAAAAUGUGCUUUAAAGCGGUGUGAUCAAGUGUUCUCCUUGGCAGGGUUUUCUUCCUAUAUACAUAAAAAUGUAAGACUGUCGUCACACAGCUCCCACUGUAUGAUUCGUUGUGCCGUGUCACUGGUGGCUUUCUAGUUGGAUGAAAGGAGUGCUUAGUCACGGCAACAUUUUAGGAGGAGUAAGAUGCAAGAGGUUACCAUGGGGGUGGUUUGUGUGCAAUGGGGGGGUUGCACAAAAGGAGACGGGGGAGGCAUGGACACAGGGGUGAAGGUGAAAAUGGGUGCAAAGUGGAGCUGCGGAAUUGAGUAUCCUCAAUUAGCUGGUUAAGAUCAGUCGUUCUGAAAACUAGCCUCCCUGCAGCCUGGCGCCACCUCCCUGUAGAUGUUGUUGGACCCCCAUCACCCAAUCAUUGGUCAUGCUAGCUGAGGCUGAUGGAAGUUAGAGUCCAGCAACAUCUGGAGGGCACCAGGUUAGGGAGAGCUGCUGCAAGCGAUGCUGUUCAGACUCUGAAGAUCCUCAGAUUAUGGUGUUGGGCAUCCCAAAACAGGACAUGACGGUGUUUAAAUUUGGACCUUGGGUCUGGUAAGCUACAGUCAUACCUCAUGUUGCGAACGCUGCGGGUUACGUCUUUUCAGGUUGCGUCCUGCGGCGACCCGGAAGUACCGGAAAGGGUUACUUCCAGGUUUCACCGCUCGCGCAUGCGCAGAUGUGCAAAAUGACGCCAUGCACAUGCGCGGAAGUGGCGAAUCGUGACCCACGCGUGCGCAGACGCGGGUUGCGUUCUGUUCAGGUUGUGAACGGGGCUCCGGUACGGAUCCCGUUCGCAACAUGAGGUAUGACUGUAUAACCUUCUGUCCUCCUGUGAAUCUACUUGAUAGCAUCUCUCAAAGGGAUAUGUGCCAAACUUGUAAAUGUACUGGCCAAAGGUAACUCCUCUGCUUUGAUGUUCUCUUAGGUGCAAAAGGUGAGCCAGGGCCUCCAGGACCCUCUGGUCCCCCAGGGCCUCCAGGACCUCCAGGGCCACCUGGGAAGCGGAAAGCUAAGGCCCAGGUUCAGGAGAAAAUGUUCAGUUCAGAGUGUACAGGUGAGUGCUUUGUGAUGCUGUAGCAUAUUGAGCUAAAAUGUCGAGCUGCGGAUCGGGGAGUCCCCAGUUCGAAUCCUGCCUUUGUCACGAGGUGGCUUUAAGCAUGCCCCUUCCUCUCAGCCUCGGUGCCCCCAUCUGCAGUAGAGGGGACAAUAAUAGUAGCUUACCUUACAGGGUUGUGCUAAAGGUAACUGUCAAGGCUGCCUCAAGUCUCAGCUCACAAAAGACCAACGCCUAUGUCUUCUUAUAUACAAAGGUGUUUAUUGCAGUUCAUGGUUUGCUUGACAUCCUAGGCGCGCAGCCUUACGUCUCUUACGCUAGACCGCCGAAGUCCCCUCUGAGUCAGUCCCUCCCCUGCACCAAUUUAAGAGACUUGCGCUGCUCCACCUCUUUCUCUCCUUCCUUUUCCGCAGGGUCCUUCUGCCCGCUGGGGUUGCGCCCCUUCUGGAUUCCUCUGACGCUGAAUCCCCAGACUGCUCUUCCCCCCCUCCUGCGGGCUUUGGGACCUGGCCCCUCCUCCGGGCUCCCUGCACUUCCGCGCGCCUCUACAUUUGAACUAGGCGCGCGCGCCAAACCUCUAACUUUCCUUUUGACAGUUACACUACUCCCUUCACUGCUCCCCUCCCCUUCCGGAAGGGCGGCUUGCUCUGACCUCCCUCCUUUCUCUGCUCCCGGAGCUGCUUCCUCUGACACACUGGAAACUCCACCCCCUUCGCUGCACUCUGGUGGGGAGGCUGGUCCUGACGCCCAGCUGCCACUUUGGGAUCCUCCGCUGGCCCCCUGCUCCUGACACGUCCCCCCUGGGGCUCCCCUGGCCUUAACCACUGGCGCCCCUUCUGGGAAUCCUCUGAUUCGCUGGAAAGACUCAUGGAAUCUCUUGAGUCAUUGUCAUCCUCUUCCUCGCUGGCUUGGAAUUCCUCCCCAUCGCUCUCCAUCUCCUGCCUACCCUGUCCCUCUCUCCCUGAACCCCUGACAGUAACAUACUAGAUAAUGCACGAGAAUCACUUCGAACACUCGAAACUGCAAUAAAAAUGUUCGUUAUUUUUAUUAACGAUAUGUUAUUUCCGUCUUUACCAUGGGCAGACUUUGGGUGUAAAGGGUCUACUUUCUGCUAGAACCCCAUCGAUCUGAGCAGGGGCCAAACGGUGGUUCAGAAGCUUAGGAAGCCUCAAAACCAACUUGCCGCAUCUCAAGUCUUAGCAUUUAGGGUUGUGUCCAAUCGUGGCACAGCCUUGCUCCACCAGGUGCCCUUCAUAUGUUCUGGAACACAUGACACACAUGCCGACAUGUUAAGCAAUGAUAAUCAUGGGCCCCUUGAGUGGAACCUCGAGUUGUGGACAUAAUCCGUCCCGGAGACACGUCCGCAACUCGAAGCCUUCGCAUCCAGAAGCGGCACAUCUGCACACACACGUGGCACGAUGUAGCGCUUCUGCGCAUGCAUGAGCAAAGCGGAAUUUAGCACUUCUGCUCAUGCGCGAGCGGCAAAACCCGGAAGUAACCCAUUCCAGUACUUCCGGGUUGCCGCAGUACGCAAGACGAAAACACACAAACUGAAGCGAACACAACAUGAGGUAUGACUGUACAUUUGAAGCAGGAUCAUGCCACUUUGAACAAUGAUGGCUUCCCCCAAAGAAGGCUGAGAGCUGUAGAUUUUUAAGGGUGCUAGGAUUGCUAGGAGGCCACCCUCUACACCCCUCACUGAGCUACAAUUCCCAAAGCUCACCAGGAAGAGGGGUUGAUGGUUUAAGAGCUCUGCAAAACGUAGGUCAGUAAGGGGAACAGAGGGACGUGGGUGGCGCUGUGGGUUAAACCACAGAGCCUAGGACUUGCCGAUCAGAAGGUCGGCGGUUUGAAUCUCCGCAACGGGGUGAGCUCCCGUUGCUCGGUCCCUGCUCUUGCCAACCUAGCAGUUCAAAAGCACGUCAAAGUACAAGUAGAUAAAUAGGUACCGCUCCAGCAGGAAGGUAAACGGCGUUUCCGUGCACUGCUCUGGUUCGCCAGAAGCGGCUUAGUCAUGUUGGCCACAUGACCUGGAAGCUGUACGCUGGCUCCCUCGGCCAGUAAAGCGAGAUGAGCGCCACAACCCCAGAGUCAGUCACGACUGGACCUAAUGGUCAGGGGUCCCUUUACCCUUUACCUUUAAGGUGAACAGAGGUCCUCCUGGAAUCACUCCCUGCACCUUUAACAGGCUAUAUUUCCCAGAAUUCUUUGUGGGAUGCUUUAGCUGAGAUUCCUGCAUUACGGGGGCUGGACUAGAUGACCAUUGGGGGAAGGAUUCCUCCCAAUUCUACAAUUCUGUUAUUCUAGGACUGUUCAGUGUGGCAUGAUGCUUCUUUAAGCAUUCAGUGCCGAUUGAGACGAUGGCUUCUCUGAAGCUGAAAAGAUCUCGCAAAGGGUUAUCGACUGUCUUUCAUUUCCCUCCUCCAUCACUCCUUCAACCUGGAAUUCCGUUAGUGUGGCUGAAGUGAGCUUAUCGGAGGCAUGGGCCAAUCCUGUGGACAUACUUGGAGAGAUAAGGGAGGAAAGGCAGAUAAUGCUUCCUUGUCCAGAAAAAGAAGCCUUUGAAAGUGAAACUUUGCUUUCAUUAUUGCAACGAGAGACCUGGAACUGCCAAGGUUGCAUUUAAAUUAAAAACUUCAUCGGUGGUCCAGGGAAAGCUUGGCCUCACAAAUGUGGUGCUUUUAUCUUGACUUCUGAUGGAAAUGGAGCCCUGAUGGAAAUGGAGCCCUAAAUGUUGCUGCAUUUAGGUGGUGAUGAUGGAUUCCUGCUCAUUUUGCUGAGCGGGGUCCUUGACCUCUGGCUCAAAGUCCUGCCCUGGUACUUUACCAGCUUCACAGACUUUCAGCUCAUCCUCUUGGACCACAAGCCAUUUUGAGCAACCUAGACAUUUGGUCUAGUCAUCAUUUUUGAUGGGUUUUUUUUCUGAUGAGUUCUCCCCAGUACAUUAGUUCGUUGUGUUGCUUCUCCCUCUUCUGUUUCUGGAUUGGAGUCAUCAAGGCUUGAUGGGUAAGAGGUGACAUGAGAGAAGUUUAUAAUGGUGAAUUUUGGACAUGAUGGAGAUGUAAAAGAUUUGGAUUAUUAUAAAAGAUGUAGGAGGAAAUGAUAAACAACAGGACCCACAAAGGGGAGGAGGGAAGUCCAGGAGAUUCUUUGGAAUCUUGCUUUUAUGUUGGAUAUGUGAUUGCAAAACUUUAAUCUGAAAAAACGAAUAAAUAAUUAUUUUUAAAGAGAAGUUUAUAAAAUUAUGCAUGGUAUGGAGAAAUUAGUAUUAGUAUUAGCAUACCACCCUAUACCCUCGGGUCUCAGGGUAGCAACAUAAAAUCACAAUAUAAAAACACAAAACCCAUAAUAAAAUAAUAAAUAAUAAUAAAAACAAAAACAACUUAAUAAUGCCCCCCUGCUCCCUGACACAGUUUAAAAGGGCAUUGGACGUCAGUCAGCCAAAGCAGAUAAAGAAAAGUUUCCCUCCUCUCAUUUGUGGGCACCCAAUGGAGCUGAGUGCUGGAAGAUUCAGGACCAGGAAAAGAAAAUGCCAUAUUUCCCCAUGUAUAAGACUGGGUUGUUGUUGUUUUUACCAAAAAAUUAGGUUUAAAAUUGGGGCUCGUCUUAUACACGGGUAGUGCUGAGGGGUGUUUUCUUAACUUGGAGUCCCCCCAAAUAGAGUCUUAUACAUAGAGUGCGCCUUAUACACUGAAAAAUACAGUACUACAUCAUGCAAUGCACCAUGGCCAGAUGUUUCUAAAAAGCAGCUGCUGGGAACCACAGGAAGGGAGAAGGCUCUUGUGCUCGCAUCCUGCUUACCAGUUUGCUAUAGGCAGCUGGUUGGAUCCUGGACUAGACGGCCCAUUGGCCUGAUCCAAUGAGCUCUUCUUAUGUUCCUACAUUCUUCUCAAGCAAUGUCCCAUAAAGAACCUAUUUCCCAUUGUGCUAUUUCUGGAGUGUCUCACCUUUCCUUUUAACACGGACCCUCGUAAUGAGCCUGUGAAGUGGGAACGUGGUCCUUCUCCAGUCCUCGGAACAGGCUGUGCCACUUCAAGGAUGGCAGAGGAGAACAUUGCUCUUGCCCUCUCCUCCUUGUACUAUUUUGGGGGCUGCUUGAUUAGCUCACGCUAGGAACUAGCACCCCACAGAUUCCAUCCCAUGCUGUGUCUAGCUUCUGUCUUAUCUGGAACAAGAAGGAGGAGGGGGAGAAAGGGAGAUUAUUAGUGGUAGGGAUAUGAGCAGCUGUUUGCAAGGUAAGCCUUGGUUUGUGGGUAGGGGGCCUCCGGCGAACCCAUGCUGAUGCCUAAAUCCAUCCAUUUCUCUCCUUGCUGUGACUCUGCUGGCAAGGCUAGAAUUGGCGAGGGAUGGAAGGGAUCUCAGUCUCGCAAUUUCAGCAGCCUCUGCUUAAAUACCCCCCAGUGAAGCAAAACUCACCUCUUCCUCAGUCAGAUUGUUCCUCUGCAAUCAGCUCUCGGGCUUAUAUACUUCUGAUUUUCAGACAGUUGCCAUCUAUGUAUCUCCAGGCCUUGGAUGAACUGGAAACACAGUCGUCCUUAGACUUUCUUGUUUCCUUUCGUCAAAACUUGUUCCCAAAUGCAAAUCCUGCUCUUGGCACAUUGGGAAUGCCAGCCUGGGCCUUGACUGCUCUACCCAAAAAGAUAAAAUGCUGUUUCAGAAUGUUAUGGGGCCUUGUUGAGAAUGUGAACUGGGGGAAAUGGAUAGAGAAAGAGGGCAUUGUCUCCUCGUGUAGCAACUCAGCACAACUUUGUAAGGUUGGCGGUUAGGCACUGGCUCAAUGUUUUGUGGAGGGGAAGUGGUUGGCCUGCCCUUCCAAUUGCUGCUGCUAGGGAAUUCCGUUAAAGGAAUCCAGGGGCUCGCCUUGCUUUUGUCCGAACCCUGUCAAGGGGCUAGGGCCACGCCAGAGCCCCUGGGAGCAGCUGGGGUGAGCUGUGAGACUAAAGCCAGCUUCUCACUCACCCAGGAUGCUUUCCCUUACUGACCUCUGGUGGUGCCCAGUUGUCAGUCCUGUUCCUGCCACAGUGCAGGUUCAGGUAGUCUGGAACCAUGCCUAAGCAACCACUCACAUGCUGUAAUCAAUAAAGUUGUGGCCAAAAUUAUUGCCAAAAGCCUUAACCAAAUUUCUGUGUCUAUUGUGUCUUUAAUUUUGGGGGUGGUUUUGGGGGUCUUCACACACAAAUUGCCAUGGCUGAAACACAUGGUUAGAUCAAUGAGAGACACGCAUGAACCAAGGGGCUUUUUAUGUGCUAAUGCAUGUCUUGGUUUCACAACCAUCUUGGAGAGAUGAUGAAUUUAUUUCCCCAUCUUCGGCAGCCCUGAAAAUAUGGAAGUCAUAACAAAACCCCAGCGGAAGCAAAACAGUGUUUUGAAAAGCCACUGGAAACAGUGGCUUUCCCUUAGCCAUUCCUCCAUUUAAUUCUUGUUUUUGUUGUUGUGUAGAUGGACUUGUCUCCAGCUAAGUAGGCCUGCUGUAAAAUAGCCGUGUCCAUUCACUUCAGAUGGUCUACUCUUGAGUAGGUCUGGUGUUGGAUGCAACCCAGGAAUAGUUCAUGCAACGUUAGAUUGCAUGUCAAAAUAAUAACAGAUCUCUCUGUGUGUUCCUAUCCUUUUGUGCACCGUUUAGGGGAGACCUGUGCUAUCCCAAAUGACGAUACCCUGGUGGAGAAAGCGAAAGAGAAGGGACACCUUCGUCAGCACAGAAAACCAGGUAGCCUGUGCUAAAAAUGAUCGCUUUGCUUACUUAAGGCUGGCCAGUGGUGCUGAUUUUGUUUCUCUCCCACUCCCCAUCAGAAUGCAUCAUUAAAUCAAUUGGAAACCCAGCUGAGAUUAUACAAUUAAGACAGAGCUACGGAGCGUGGAUGAUGGAUCUCGCCAACAGAAGUGAUGAAAAAAUUUGGAUCGCUGAACAUUUUACAGGUGAGGGUAGGAUCCAAAUCCUCACUCAGCAAUGCAGCAGGAUGGGCGACCGUGGGCUGCUUACACACACACUCUCAAUCUAACCCAUCUAUACCUGAAGAAGAGUCUCCACCCCCAUCGUUCAGCCCGGCUGCUGAGGUCCAGCUCCAGGGGCCUUCUGGUGGUUUCCUCCCUGCGAGAAGUGAAGUUACAGGGAACCAGGCAGAGGGCCUUCUCAGUAGUGGCACCCAGAUGUCAAGGAAAUAAACAACUAUCUGACUUUUCGAAGACAUCUGAAGGCAGCCUUGUUUAGGGAAGAUUUAAUGUUUGGUGUUUUAUUGUGCUUUUAAUAUUCUGUUGGCAGCCGCCCAGAGUGGCUGGGGAAACCCAGCCAGAUGGGCGAGGUGUGAAUAAUAACAACAAUAAUUUGUUGUUGUCGUCAUCAUCAUAUUGCAGGGUUUGUGGGGGACAUAAAAUGAGUGGGGAGGGAGGAAGAACCAUGUACACCACUGUGAGCUCCUUGGAGGGAGGGACAGGAUUAAAAUGUACAAGUUCUCUACUUGUAGCUGCUUGGAAAACCUUUCUUAAGAACAAACAUCCCAAAAUGUUACAAAGCGCCCAUGCAGUGUAUUGCUAGAUUCCUCCUUCUGCAAGCUUAUUCAGCACCUGCUGUAGCUGGUUUAUUAUCCGAAGCACAGGAAGGAGAUGGUCUUUGCUUGGAGGGCUUGCAAAACGUGCAUGGCACAGGAGAGAUUGAUAAGAAUCGAGAGUAACCAAAGAAUGACCCGAGGAAAAGAGCAGGCAGGUGGGAGCGUGUGAUGGCAGUGGCAGAGGGAAUCAGGUCAACCAAAGGCCUGGUUAAAAAGGAACAUUUUUGCCUGGUGCUUAAAGGUGUGUAAUGAAGGCGCCAGGCGAACCUCCCUGGGGAGAGCAUUCCACAGACGGGAAGCCACUGCAGAGAAGGCCCUGUUCUUGUGUUGCCACCCUCCUGACCUCUCAAGGAGGGGGCACAUGAAGGAGGGCCUCAGAAUAUGAUCUCAGGGUCUGUGUAGGUUCAUAUGGAAAGAGGUGUUCCUUGAGGUAUUGCAGUCCUGAGCCAUUUAAGGCUUUAUAGGUCAAAACCAGCACUUUGAAUUGGGCAUGGGAACUAAUUGGGAGCCAGUGCAGUCAGACCAGGAUCGGUGUAAUAUGCUCAAACCGUCUUUCUCCGGUGAAUUCUGCACCAGCUGAAGUUUCCAAACCGUCUUCAGAGGCAGCCCUACACAUUUCAGUAAUCUAACCUAUAAAUGUAAAAAACAAACCAACUUUUUCCAUGCCUUCCUCCCCUGAACAGGCCACAUGAUUAAAGAAUACGAGGACAUCUCUGCGCUGUGGAACAACAGCUACAGCACCAUCGAGCUCCCUUGGCAAUAUUACGGCUGCGGACAUGCCAUCUAUAACAACACCUUGUACUAUCAGCGUGUCGGACGCAACAUUAUUGUGAAGUAAGUAGCUGAGGGGGCAGCAAAGGGGCUUCUGCUACUAAGCUGUGCCACGUCAGGGAGAGGCGACCUCUGCUGAAUGGCAGUAAGGUAGCUCCGCGGUAGAGGAUCUGCCACCUCCCAAUUCUGGAGCCCUGGAGAGCCGCUGCCAGGAAUUGCAGACCACACUGGGCUCCACGGACUGAUGGGGCGAGUCUUUGUAAGGCCAUUUCCUUUGUUUCUCAUUGCUGCCAUUCAACAGAGACUCGCUUUGAACAGCUUGCUUCGCCCAGGGCUUAGCUUAUGGGACGAGUGUGUAUCGUGAGGCUCCGUUGUGUGGGAGCUGGGAUUGCAGCCUUGGCGUUAUUGGGGUGGCUGGAUGCUAUUUCGAGAGCGAGCGAAAGAUUCCCUCUGCUCUUUUGCCCUUUCCAGCAUCGCCCUUGAUGCUGAUGCCAACAAAAACAUUUGCCUUUGAGAAGCAGGUGUGAGCGCCUCCUUGACCUUUCUCCCUAGGGAAGCAGGCAGAGAAAUGAGAGAGGUUCCCGGGAUCGUAAUUUGCUCUGUUCGAGACACUCCCUGUUUCUUGGCAAGGGGGUUUAGAGAUGCCAGACCUCUUCCAACAAUGGUCUUUCAUCUCAGCAGUGGAAGCGGCUGAAGAGGGAGGAAUAUAAUGUCUUAACUGUCCAUGAUUAACACUCAGAGGGAGAUUGAUGGUGCUAGCAGCCGUUUGAAGACUUUGGGGAGUUGGUUCCUCUGACAAAAGACUUGUAAACCAGGCAAGAGACAGAUUGCAGACCUGAUAGCAUCAGGCAGUAUCUUAUGUUCCAAGACAUGUGCAUAAAGCUUUCAUGCUUGGUAGUGGCACCCAGAUUGCAGAACUGCCCCCCAAAAGGGGUUUGAUUGGCCCCAUCUCUUUUGAGUUUUAGGAGUGAGGCAUGUACCGUAUUUUUCGUUCUAUAGGGCGCACCGGCCCAUAGGACGCACCUCGUUUUUUUUGGGGGGGGAAAUGAAUAAAAAAAAUUAUUUCCCCCCCCCCGCGGCUGCCGCCCCAAGCCUCGCUUGCUUCGGGCUGCAGGCUACCGCCCCAAGCCUCGCGCGCUCGGCGGGACCUCCCACCGGGCGCGCGAGGCUUGCAGACACUCGCCUAAAGCACGGGGUGCCCUCCGGAGGGCUCCCCGUGCUUCGGGCGACAGGUUGCCGCCCCAAGCCUCGCGCGCUCAGCGGGACCUCCCGCCGGGCGCGCAAGGCUUGCACACUCGCCUAAAGCACGGGGAGCCCUCCGGAGGGCUCCCCGUGCUUCGGGCGACAGGCUGCCGCCCCAAGCCUCGCGCGCUCGGCGGGACCUCCUGCCAGGCGCGCAAGGCUUGCAGACACUCGCCCGAAGCCUCGAGCGCUCGGCGGGACCUCCUGCCGGGCGUGCAAGGCUUGCAGACACUCGCCCGAAGCAUGGGAGCCCUCCGGAGGGCUCCCGUGCUUCAGGCGACAGGCUGCCGCCCCAAGCCUCGCGCGCUCGGCGGGACCUCCUGCCGGGCGCGCAAGGCUUGCAGACACCCGCCGGAAGCACGGGAGCCCUCCGGAGGGCUCCCCGUGCUUCGGGCGACAGGCUGCUGCCUCAAGCCUCGCGCGCUCGGCGGGACCUCCUGCCGGGCGCGCAAGGCUUGCGGACACUCGCCGGGGCUGCAGGCUGCUGCCUGCAAGCCUUGUGAGCCCGCGGGAACUCCCACCGGGCUUGCAAGGCUUGCGGAUAGCUUCCUGAAGCCUGGAGAGCGAGAGGGUCGGUGCGCACCGAUGCCUCUCGCUCUCCAGGCUUCAGCGAAAGCCUGCAUUCGCUCCAUAGGACGCACACACAUUUCCCCUUCAUUUUUGGAGGGGAAAAAGUGCGUCCUAUGGAGCGAAAAAUACGGUAUUUUUCUCUUUGGCUGUGCCUUUGAUCUGUUUUGCCUUCCUGCUUUGGCAAUGUAUUUUGAAACUGACCUAUGGUGCAAUUCUAUGGUGUAGAUGUGUGUGAGUACAGUGGUACCUCGCAAGACGAAUGCCUCGCAAAACGAAAAACUCACAAGACGAAAGAGUUUUUCAUUUUUUGAGUUGCUUCGCAAGACGAAUUUCCCUAUGGGCUUGCUUCGCAAGACGAAAACGUCUUGCAAGUUUGUUUCCUUUUUCUUAAAACCGUUAAUACCCAGGGUGCAUUGCUUGAAGAGGUGCAGUUGCGACUUGACUUCGAGGAGCAACUCAUAGCACCGUGCUUCGCAAGACGAAAAAUUCGCAAGACGAAAAAACUCGCAGAACGAAUUAAUUUCGUCUUGCGAGGCACCACUGUAUAAUCAAAUGCAGUUCAUCCACCUCAUAGUUUGACCUGGCAGCCUCUUGUUCUGUCCAUUUCUGGGAUUCAACUUUUUUUAAAAAACUGUUUCCCUCCCACUGUGAACAAUGGCUUGUGGAAAAACAAGGCUUAUUCAAAUGGCAGUUUAUGGUCCCGUCUUGCUGUCCCUAUGGAACGCAGUUGUUGCUGUGGUCUAAACCACUGAGCCUCUUGGGCUUGCUGAUUGGAAGGUCGGUGGUUCGAAUCCCCACAACAGGGUGAGCUCCCGUUGCUCUGUCCCAGCUCUUGCCAAGCCAGCAGUUCGAAAGCAUGCCAGUGCAAGUAGAUAAAUAGGUACCACUACAGUGGGAAGGUAAACGGCAUUUCCGUACGCUGCUCUGAUUUGCCAGAAGCGGCUUAGUCAUGCUGGCCACAUGACCCGGAAGCUAUACGCCGGCUCCCUCAGCCAGUAAAUCGAGAUGAGCACCGCAACCCCAGAGUCGGCCACGACUGGACCUAAUGGUCAGGGGUCCCUUUACCUUUACAGUGGGAAGGUAAACGGCAUUUCUGUGUGCUUUGGUUUGCGUCACGGUGUCCCAUUGCACCAGAAGCAGUUUAGUCCUGCUGGCUACAUGACCCGGAAAGCUGUCUGUGGACAAACGCCAGCUCCCUCAGCCUGAAAGCGAGAUGAAUGCCGCAACCCCAUAGUUGCCUUUGACUGGACUUAACUGUCCAGGGCUCCUUCACCUUCACCUUUUUACCUUGUUUCCCUAAACCAUGGUUAACACUAAACCCAGGUUUGGUUCAGUGAUGGUUAAUUGAAAACGGAAGUGAAACCUUGCAGCCUUGUUGUGGCUGUACCAGAGGAGAACCAGAAACUGAGCAGACUGCACUCCCAUGACCCUGCGGUUCCAAACCGUAGUUUAGUGUUACAUACAAACACAACCAUUGGCUCUCUUGGGGGCAAUGAUAAGAGAGACAGGUGCAUUCUGCUAUUCCCUCUUAACUCUUAAGUGGCAUGUUCUGUACUUUGAGGAACAAAAGGGAACAUCAUUUUUAAGAGCUUCUUUGCCUUGCUUGCUUUGAAUGCUGAACUGUCCUCAGAACGACCUUUUCCUUCAGCAAACUUUGUGGCAGACUUGCUUCUCAGCCAUGUGGUCCCAAUCUUAGGGUGCAUGCUCGUCAUUUUGGACCCUUAAACCACAUUCAAAGCUUCUUUCCCUCAAAGAAACCUGGGCACGGUGGUUGAUUCCCCACAGAGUUUUACUUCUUAGCAAUCCUUAAUAAACUACAGUUCCCAGAAUUCUUUGAGGGGAAAGCUUGCCACGAAUGUGCUUUAAAGGGAUAGCAUAUGCAGCCUGUGGGUAGCAUCAUUUCCUUUGGGAUGUGUCUUGCGGUCAACUCAACUUUUAGAAGAUUCUCAAGAAACUGUAUCAGCCCUUUUUUGGGCACUUUUUUGAAUUACGUUUCAGGGCUUCCUGAUCUCUGUGACUCAGAUAUCCAAACAUUUCCAGAAUAUUUUUUUUUAAACAAUGCUUUUGUACUUCAGAGACAUGCUCAUCCUGCCUCUGGGAAGGCAAGAACAAGGCCAGAAUGCUUGCUCAAUCUCCUUGCUUGGAAAGAAAUUUUGUUUUUAUUUCCUGGUCCCAGUUUAUUUGAUUGGAUUUCAGAAUUUGCCACCCAAGUCAUUAGAACGUAAGAAGAUUCCCAUCUAGGCUGUCAUCCUGUUUAGGGAAGUUUUUAAUGUUUGGUGUUUUAUUGUGUUUUUAAUAUUCUGUUGGGAGCUGCCCAGAGUGGCUGGAGAAACCAAGCCAGAUGGGCAGGGUAUAAACAAACAAACAUCAUCAUCAUCAUCAUCAUCACAGCAACCACCCAGAUGCUUGUGGGAAGCCCAGAAGCAAGGUAAAGGUAAAGGUACCCCUGCCCGUAUGGGCCAGUCUUGUCCGACUCUAGGGUUGCGUGCUCAUCUCGCUCUAGAGGCCGUGAGCCGGCGCCGUCUGAAGACACUUCCGGGUCACGUGGCCAGCGUGAUGAAGCUGCUCUGGCGAGCCAGCACCAGCGCAGCACACGGAAACGCCGUUUACCUUCCUGCUAUAAAGCGGUACCUAUUUGGACUUCCGGGGUGGCGCCAUCGGUAAUGGCAGAUUCCCUCUGAUCCGGAGGGACCAGCUCCACGGAAAACGGGUCUUUCCCGCUACGGCGAAGCGGGGACCCUUUCAAAAAUCACAGGCGGAUGAAGCCUGUGACCAUGGGACUCGGUGGGCACCUUUAGCGCCCCCCCAACCCGUAAAGGAACCCAUUUACGGGCUCCGGAGCGAAGAGGGGGAAGUGGCGCGGUGCUGAGAGUCAACUGCUUCUUCCGUGGAGCGAAACCGCACAGCCGUUGCCGGAGAGUGCUGCCUUUAUCCUGGGACAAUUUGGCUUUUAAAACAAUCACCCGUGAGUACUUUAAUUUCGGACAAUUGGAGUAUAAAUAAUGACCUGCGAGUAGAAAGGAAAAUUGGACUAAGAAAUUCUUCUCAAUUUGGCACUGAAACGGGAAGGUCUAAACAGGAAGUCAGCCUUCCGUUUCUUGUAGAUAGAUUAAAGCAAAGACAUGGCAAACUAGAGUUCAGAAAAUCGUUUGUAAAGGAUUAACUUUCAUCAUCUAAAAUUGUUGAACCCCUCUCGGAAGCAGGAGAAGAGGGGGGAUUUUUUCCGGACUGUUUAAACCUGCAGAAGAGAGUGUAAAGAAAAGUAAUUUUCCACCGUCUUGAACCUGGGAGCGGGAUGUCAAGACUGACGUUUUUGGGAAGCUCAUUGACUAUAGACAAACGUCUUUGACAGACAGUUAAAAGAAGAGAAACAUAGUGAUUCCAUUGUUCUCCUUCGCAUUUUAAAGGAACAAAUAUUGACAAAAUAUCUGAAAAAGGAAACUUUGUUGUUAGAUCUGCCUUUAAAAGAAAAGAAAAAAAAGAAAAGAUGGAUACAAAUAGAAGUUCUUCCCCUAGAGGGAGCCUGUGAAACUGUUACUAAAUCUGAACCGGGGAGCUCUGCAGCUGCAACAGAUUAAGAUCGUGGGAACAGACUUCUGACCUUCAUAACAAUGUAUUCAGAAGCUCUGGUGCGUGCUUUCUGCAAAACAAGUGCCCUAUUGGAACAGUUACAUGAGAAGACGGAUUUGAUGACUGUUGCGAUCAGAAAUUUUGGACAGGUUGUGGGUAACUAUAUAGAAUCCACCCAGGAAUCAACUCAGGAGUGUGCUCUGACAGAUCAGAUGAGGGAAGAGGAUGUUGCUGGACCUUGGGUGGCAGAGAUGGAGGGAGCUGUGGCCCAGCAGGAACAUGAGUUGUUGGAUUUGACAAAUGAACUAGGAAAAAGCCAGAUUUGGAGAGAUACAGUUUUGUUUGGUUUGGAAAUGGGGGGUUGGAUAGACCCCCCUAUGCAGGGAUGUUUUGACUCUUCAAGUCUGGCAAUGGGCCGUGAGAUGUUUGGGGUUGUGGUGGUUCUUAAUUCUGGAGGGACUUUGAAAUAUGUUUUUAAAUACCACAUGGAGUUUAGUGUGGAAUAUGGAAAAGGGGCUGAUUUGUCGAGAAGGGACAAAAAUACUGUCAAGCUGGAGUUUCCACGAGUAAAAGGAGCAGGAGACAAAGUAAAGUACAGGUAUAAAUAUGAAGAAGAGCUGCGGAAGGGACAUGGAAGAGACUUAAGGGCCUCGGACAUAAGAUUACCAGGUUAAUGAGCUAGAUUGAUGGGAUAGAAAGGACUGACAAAACCCGGGACCAGGAGGAAGAGACGUUGGAUGAAGAUUGGAAGAAAGUUUUAAAUUUUUUUUAUUAGGAUUGUUUUAUAAAAUUGAUGAAUGUUAGAAAAAUGUUGGAACGAAAUUAUUUGGCUUUAGCAGAAAUGUUAAAAGAAUUAUGUAAGAAUAUGUUAUGGUUAUGAGAAAUUGGUAUAAAUAAGAUCUAAGUUUUAAGUUUUAGGGUCUUUUAUAGUAAGAUAAGGUUAAAAUAGAUUAAGGUAAUUUAAUGACAGAAUACUAUGAAAAAGGGAAAGGAUUUGCUGUGAUAAUUAACAACUAGAAUACAAAAAAGGAGGAGUGAGGAGGUCGAUGAAAUAAGGUAAUGACAGUUAAGGAUUUGGGAAUAUUGGAUUUGUUUUUAAAUUUUUGUGGUUUAUUUUUGCUUUUUGAUUGUGUUGUGUUACGUGUUUUGUUGUUAUUUUUUAUUUUUAUUUUUAUUAAUUUGUAUUGUUUGAUUGUGGAUUGUGGCUUGUUUUUCCUUUGUUUUUUUUCCUUCUUUUUCUCUUUGUCUUUUCUGUAAUUUUAAAAUUCUUAAUAAAUAUCAUUUAAAAAAAUAAAUAAAGCGGUACCUAUUUAUCUACUUGCACUUAAGAGUGCUUUCGAACUGCUAGGUGGGCAGGAGCUGGGACCGAACGACGGGAGCUCACCCCGCCGCGGGGAUUCGAACCACCGAGCAUACGAUCGGCAAGGCCUAGGCACUGAGGUUUUACCCACAGCGCCACCCGCGUCCCUCCAGAAGCAAGACACAAGUGCAAAUCUCCUCUUGUGAUUUCCAGAAAGCACAUUCAGAGGCAUGUUCCAGUUUAGGCAUUGAUUUCCAUUGAAAUCAGUCCAGUCUUCUGCUGCCUGUAAAUUGGACAUUUGCCGUCCAAAUGGCAUCUAAUUUGCAGGCAUUCUUCUCAUCCCUCAGGACAUAAAACCUACUGGAAUUUUGACAGAUUGAACAAAGGACUCCAUUUUUAUUGGUAACUGAAAUGACUCACACAUGGAUCCAAACUUGUAUGAGCUUUCCAAUCUGCCUGUUUCAAUGUUCUCUCCUCCUCUUCUCCCCAGAAAACCUUUCUUUGGUGAUCUCUACAGAGGCCCCGUCCGCACUAUGCAUUUAAAGCAGUAUCAUCCCACUUUAAACUACACUUUCUGGGAAGGGCAGUUUGUUAAGGGUGCUUUGUGUGGUUCGGAGACUCCUAUUCCCAUCACAGAGCUACAAUCCCUCUUCCCAGGGAACUCUGGCAAUUGUUGCACUACGAGGGGAAGUAGGGUAUGUGUGGUAUAAAAACUAGUCUACUUUGGUAAAAAAUUAUAUUCAUUGCUUCCUCCUGUUUCCCCCCUGGCCCAGUCCACCACUGUUCACAAUGUUUUCAACACUGUGAUACAUCACCAGUUGAACCACAAUAUACCAAUAUAUCAUGAUGUCUGAAAUAAGGAUGGAGCUCUGUGGAGGCAUCGGCUGGCUUCAUAAUAAUAAUAAUAAUAAUAAUAAUAAUAAUAAUAAUAAUAAUAAAUUUAUUUAUAUCCCACCCUCCCCAGCCGAAGCCAGGCUCAGAGCGGCUAACAACAUUAAAAUGAUACAACAUUCUAAAAUCAUUUCAUUCUAAAAUCAAUUCAAAUCAGAUUAAUGGCAACCACUGGGCUAGAGUUCUGUGAGGAUUGCCAAAGGAGGGGGUCAGGCUGUGCCUUGGCCAAAGGCCUGGUGGAACAGCUCUGUCUUGCAGGCCCUGCGGAAAGAUGUCAAGUCCCGCAGGGCCCUAGUCUCUUGUGACAGAGCGUUCCACCAGAUUGGAGCCACAGCUGAAAAAGCCCUGGCUCUGGUUGAGGCCAGCCUAACCUAUCUGUGGCCCAGGACCUCCAAGAUGUUUUUGUUUGAAGACUGUAAGGUCCUCUGUGGGACAUACCAUGGCUUUUCCUGCAUUGUGAUUUUUGCUGGCGCUUGCUCUUGUGAUUCGCUGCCCCUUGCAAAUGGCAGAGGAGAAUUGAGCCGGCUGAGUUAAAAGGGGCUGCAGGAAUCGAGAGAAGCAUUGGCUGGCUUCACGGUUUUUUCUGCAUCGUGAUUUUUGCAUAACACACACACACACACACACACACACACACACACACACACACACCGUGAUUCACAAUAUAUUGCCAGGUCCAAAUUUUUAAUAAGGAAUGGGGAAAAUGCACAACUUUUCUUAAAGACCAUUGUAAACAGCUAAAAUCGUUAGUAGGAUUGGAAUAGCACUUGUAGUGUAAGGUUGAUUCUGGACAUAAUGGAAGAGGUAAAGGUUUUGUAUUAGCAUAAAAGAUGCGGGCGGAAUUGAUUGAUAAUAGGACCCACAAAGGGGAGGAUGGAAGUCCAGGAGAUUCCUUGGAAUCUUGUUUUUAUGAUUUAUGUUUGAUAUAACUCUGUAAAGUUGAAAAACCAAAUAAAUAAAUUUAAAAUAUAUAUAUUAUGCAAGCAAUAUCAUGAUAUGGACUUCGGUUUUGGAUGAUAUAUUGAUAUAUCACCCAGCUCUGGUAGGUUACCCAGAAGGGAAUGUGGACUUGGAAUAAUAGAGGUUCCCAAUUUGGAUUCAUGUUCUUCCAUUCCUUUCAAUAUAAAACACAUGGAAACAAAUGGGGUGUGUUAAUUUUGUUUUAUAAACCCCUGCCCUCGUGCCGCUUGAGCCGCUCUGAAGUAUUUUGCUUCAAACCCUCUCCGCAGGUACAACUUCGCGACACAGUCCUCGCAGACGCUCUCCAUCAAAAACGCCUGGUACUUUGAGCGCAAGUAUCUCUUCGGCGCUUCCAAAUCCUACUUCAGCGUCGCCAUGGACGAGAAUGGGCUUUGGGUGCUCUACCUCUCGAGGCCAGACGAGCACAUCAUGGUGGCGCAUGUAGACGAGGACACCUUCUCGGUGCUGCGGUACAUCAACACCACGUACCCGCAGUCCAAAGCCGGCAACGCCUUCGUUGCCUGCGGGGUUCUGUACAUCACCGACAAGAACCACACGCAUGUCGCCUUUGCUUAUGAUCUCUGGAGGGAAAGGCAGCUGGACACCAGCUUUGAGUUGAAACUGUCGCUAUCCGACGCAGGCUUUGCUUCCAAAGUUUCCCCAACCAAGCAGGACGAUUCGUCGUUUGUGCCCGUUCUGGCCAUGCUUUCCUAUAACCAAGGGGACAAGCGCCUCUACACAUGGGAGCAUGGCUUUCUGAUGCAAUACCCUGUCCAUUUUGUCGGCUGAAUGCGCUUGGUACCAAUCCACGAGGGCCAUCUUUGCCUGUUGCCAAUAUUGGAGAUUCGGCUCUCUAAACCUUUCGGCGAAAACAAUUGCACACCUCCCAUUUGAGGAGAGUCGCAAAGCAAUGUGCAUACAGAGCAGCUUGUUCUCAUCCCCCUUUGUGUCCCCAGUGUAGAUGUUUAGAUUACGUAGGCUUCUGUGGCUUUGCAGAACAAAGGCCGCUCAAUGUCGUAGCGAGUGCUGCAUGCUGGCAGAAGCCCAGUGAGGCUUUUGUUUCGCAGAGAGGCUGUGGUGUGGGAGGAAGGCCCUUUCAAAUGCCAUGUGCUUCGAGCGCGAAUGGAGGCAUGUGGCACCUCUCGUCAAAGGACCCCAGGAACGUAUCUAAAAGCCUGCAGCUCCCAUGUGGUGCUCCUUCUCACGACCUGGGUCACAGUGGCACCAUACAGUACAUUUAAGGCAUGCUUGGACCACUUUCGAGUUGGAACAGUAGUUUUUGUUAAGGGUCCUGUGUGUCAGAGGUCUUGGGUUGUCUUCUAGCAACCCCCGACACCCUUUAACCGACUGCAGUUGCCGGAUUUGUUUUGGGGGAAGCCAGAGCUGUAAAAGCGGUGCAAGUGUCCUUUUAAAUGUAUGGCUGGGGCCCACGCCAGCCAUUUUUAAACAUGCGAGGGCUGUGCCUGGUGUUCCCCGCCCACUAGCACAAGGCUUUUGCACUAGCAGGUGGGAGAUUUUAAUGUGGUGGAACGGUGGCAUCCAAUGCAACAGAAACUUGUUGCACAGCAGCGACCCACAUGCUUGUGCAUUAUCUCAGGCAAUGAAGUCCUCCUGCCGCAAAGCACCUUGCCAGCAGAAGAAGUAUACCACUAAGUGACAAACGUCGGGAUGCAACCUUCAGUUUAUUGGUCUCUUGGCUGCGUGUGGCUGCUUAGGUGGUCAUGCAUAUUGCUCUAUAUCAGCCUUUCUCAACCUGUGGGUCCCCAGAUGUUGUUGAACUACAACUCCCAUCAUUGCUAGCUAGCAAGGCCAGAGCUCAGGGAUGAUGGGAGUUGUAGUCCAACAACAUCUGGGGACCCACAGGUUGAGAACCGCUGCUCUAAAUGGUCUUAUGGGCCAUCUCAUCGAACCCUGAUCUCAUUCUAGGAAUCUUGCAACCCUCACAGCAGGCGUGCGGCAGCCUUGGCCCUCCAGAAGUUGCCAGACGACAACUCCUGUCAUUCCUAGCUUCCUGUGGCUGAUAGGAGCUGUUGUUCAGGGACAUAUGGACGGCCACAGGUUCCUCACACCUGCCUUACAGCUUCUGCUAGAAUAUCUCGUGACAAAGAGGCCACGAUUGCCUUGGAGCAGCCACUUCUCCUGUCAAAACAGCUAUUUGCGUGACGUUUUGCCAGAAUAGGAUGCCCUCCCAUUUCAACUGGCUGUUGUUUCAUACUCUGGAGCAAAAGAGGGAGAUGUAUGUGGAACAUACUGGGGGAAAAUGCUUCUUCAAACACCCCCUUCAGCUCUCUUUAACAUGAUAGUCUCCAGCCCUGCUCUGUCCACUGAAAUGUGUCCUUGAAUCCGAGAUAUCAUUUCAAUUCUUUGUUGAAGUCACCCCCCCGCUCCCAGCACCUUUUAGCUGUAAUCUUGGCUGAAUCUCUCUCUCUCUGUGUAUAUAUUUCUCAAAUGGGGAAUAAAGAUGCAUGUAUGACAAUCUUGGCAAAUAAAGGGGACAUUGGCCCAACUGGAAUGGGCUUCCUGACUCCUGUUGCAGCCAAACACGGCUGUUUUGGAGAGAUGUGUCGAACGGUGAUGGGCAUGGCGGUGUUUGUUCCUGGCAGAGAAAUGUUUCUCAAAGUGAGAAGUCUGCAAAAGUAAUCCAUCAGAGGGCAACCUCUGGAAAAGAUCUG